GGGUUUUACUCUCAAGUGUUCAAUAUCUUCACUGUCUGGCGUCUGCAACUACCCUCUUCAGCCACUAAUCGCUAUUUCUUAAUUUCUUCAUCCAUGGAGUUUCUUAACCAAAACUCCAUCAAGUUUAUAUAGAUUGUAUGCUCUCAAUUUCUAGAGUUCCCUCUACAAAUGGAGGAUUUGAUUGAUGACGAUUUCGGCGAUAUAUACGCCGAUGUCGAAGUCCAAGCAAGUUCUGCUAUAAAUUCUGUGUUAAACUUUGCUAAACUAUGCACUGAACAACAGGAAGGAGAGGAAGAAUGUAAGAAUAAUAGCACUACAGAGGAAUUUAACCGUAGUCUUAGCGAGGGGAUUCUCAAGUCGGAUUUGAAGCAGUUGAGUUCAAUCUGCGAGAAGUCGAACGUUUCUGAGGCUGGUGGAAGUGAUAGCGAGGAUGAUUUGAAUAUAGUAUUGAACGAUGAGGAUUGUAAGGGGUUACCAAUUGCUGAGGAGAGGAAUGAUAAUUGCGAUGGCUUUGAGGAGGAGAAGGAUGAAGACGACGAUGGCUUUUGCAGUGUUAAAAAGGGUCAUGGUAAGAAUGGUUUGCAUGCCAGUGCUAAUGGACAUGGAGGUGAACGUGGGAAUGGAGUCAAGGGUGGUUAUAGCUCGCAUUAUCCGCAGUACAAGCAUUUAAAACCGCAUGGAUCAUCAUUUUCAAGUAAUAAUAAAGUCAAUGAUUCUUUGGGGCUGGUUUGUUCUUCUAAAUCUGUCAGAGGUGAUUGGGAAGAUAACAGAUGCAAACAACACAAGAUCUCAAACACAGGUCAGGUUGCUAAUAAUCGUGCCAUGGCCAAUUCAAGUGGAUAUGGUUUCUCGCUUCCAUGGUAUAGGACUAUACUAGAUGUGAAUAUUGAUGCAUUUGAAGAGAAAAAAUGGAAGUAUCCUGGAGUACAUAUAUCUGAUUUCUUUAAUUUUGGUUUCAAUGAGGAUAGUUGGAAACAGUACUGCAUCUCCCUGGAGCAACUCCGUCAACAUUCUUUCAUGCAUGGUAGGUUCCAAAAUCAAAAGUCUUCAAAAUUUACUCAGGCCUUUGAAAUUGAAUUGGAGGAUGAGAGAGCUGCUCAUGAGACGGUCACCGACGAUAUUGCUCAAGCUGGAUCUGCAUCAAAAUCUGCAGAUAUGGGAGAGAGGCAGUUGGAAUUGCCAAAAGGCAGAGCAAUUCAGGUUGAAGAUACCACCACUGAACGUCAACCAACAAUGGAUUUAAGGCAUCCACGUAUUUGGGAUUCUGAUGUUGUGAUACAGAUCAAUGUGCAAGAUUCCAAUGGGAAUUCUUCUGGCUCUGGUGAGGAGGAAUUGUGCCAUAUAGAUAGAAGUGGACUUGAAGCAUCAAAAAUCAUGGAUUUAUGUGUGGAUGAUAUACAAGAUGUCCACAAUUCUGGCAGUGAUAGUGUAGAUGAAUCACCUGCAAAGUCUCUGGGAAACAUAAGGUCUCCUUCCAGUAACAGGUGUUCCCAGCCAAUAUCAGACUCUAGUCAAAUGGCUCUGGAUCUUGGUAGUCAUGACAAAGAUCAGAACUCUGAUGCUGAGAGGUAUCAUCAUCAUCAUCAUGAGGCGAAUGCUCAAAUGUCAGAAGAGAUUUCUAAAGAAAUGGAAACCAUAGAGGAAGAAAAUGGCAGGAAUAUGUGCAAGUCAGAUCAAUAUCUGACUGAAACAGAAUUAUCAGUUGGUGAACAGAGUCAUUUUAGCCUGACAUUGUCGUGUUCUGGAAGUGAUUCUGAGGCAUCCAGAGGCAGUUUGUGUAGCAUUCCCGAAGUGUCUAGCAGUCUUUUAAGAAGGCAAUCUUCAGGUGCUAUGUUACAGGAGUUGGUUGCAUCUGACCAUAAGUACACUGAAAGCAAUGGAGCUACGAAAAAACCAGAUGACAGCCAACAUUAUUCAAGAAAUAGAAGUCGUAUUCAGGAAGCAAGGAGGAAUCAAAACAGGAGACUUCACAGAGUUGCUGAGCGAAGCAUCCACCCUGAUACUGAUAAUGAUGCCUCUCCCAUGUCUAGGGAUCAGUUAUCCAUUGGUCAUUACAAACGGAUUGAAGAGAUGCAUGAUUUUGGUGAUCACAAAGGAGGAGAUUUACCAUAUGAUAGGCAGAGAGAUGUUUUUAGUUGUUACGGGCGAGAAAGGUUUUCUGACAACCAUUUCCGGGAUGUUUGCAGAAAGCAUCCUCGUACAAAAUAUCAUCGGAGUGUUAGAGAUGAAAUAAAACCCAAGGAAAGAAGGAACUGGAAUGAGAGCGAUUUGCAUGAAAGAAGUUUUAGGCUGGAUGAUAGAGAAGACGUGGAUAGAGAUUGGGAUUGUGGUGGAAGAGGACUCUCUCCUGAGGGCCUAAUUCCUGACACCUACAGGGAUUCCAGGAGAUUGGUUACCAAGUACAACAAUUUCAAACAAACAGACAUUCAGUGGGGAAGGAAGGUUGACAAAAUCCAAUCGAGGAAGAGAACCAAUUAUGAUGCUUUUUUGUCUGCUAAUAAAAAUGUUGAUGACUUGAUGCUACAAAAAUAUGGGAGAUUGGUCACCAACCGGAAAGGGGAUUCUCUGGAUGAACAAUAUGAUUCACACAUUCCAUUUUUUGGGAGAGAAACAAAUCUGCAUGAAAGAAGAGUUAGAUAUGGUCACCGUACCCCUAUUAAUUUGGAGAAUUCAUGGCCUAUUAAUUUGGAGAAUUCAUGGUGUAUGGAAACUGCAGAUGAUCAUUGGAUUCUGAAUCAACAGCAUUUGUCCACUUGGUCUCACAGAGAAUCUUAUGCAGCCAAUGAAGAAAGGUGGAAGGAUAUGAUGUCACCAAGAAAGGAAAUGUUUGAUGUCGCUGAUAGGUAUGGGAGACAUAGGAGAGAAAUACGUGGUGGCAAAUAUAGGGGCAAUCAAUGGGUUGACGGUUAUAAUGAUAUUGAUAAUGCAGAAGAUGAUGUUGUUUAUAUUGAUGAUCGGGUUCACUGGAGGAGAAAAUAUAGUCGGAGAACUGGAGUACUGCAUGGAACACAAGGUGAAUCAAUUUUGAAACAUCAAGAUGAUGAGUUUUAUGCCAAACGGUCCUCAUGUUCAUAUGAAAAAUUUUCCAGGCAUGAAAGGAUUCAUGCUAAGUAUAGAUCUGCCAAUGGUUGGAUGGUUGAUGAUAUGCAGUUGGAGUGGCAUAGGCGCAAAAUGUUUAAAGGAGAAAGCAGUGCUGGCUUUCGUAAUAGAAACUCCUAUAUGAUGAGUAGAGGUGAGUAUGAGCAGACAUCCGGGAGGUGCAAUGAUCCAGUUGACUUGAUUUUUGGGGAAGGAAAGUCCUCUGGAAGAUGUUCCAAUACUGAGAGUUUGUUGUCCAAUGGUAAAUUCAAAAAGAUGGAUCAGAAGUUUGCGAAGGAGCAGAAAAUCUUGAACCAUUUUAAUGAAAAUCAGACUGGAAAAGCAACCCAAAUUGGAAUCUCAAAACUGGAAAACAGCCGAGAUGAUGAGCAAUGGCUGGAUAAGUUUCCGGCUACAGAGCACAAUAAAGGUUUGGAUAUUGAGGAAGGUCAGAUCGUGCCAGAAGAACCAGUCAUAGAGGACCGGUUGGAAAAGAAACAUGCGUCUGGAAAUGCAGCACAUACGUGCAAUAUGAAGAAGAAAAUUUUUUGCAAUGAAAAUGUUUCAAGUGGAUUUGAGAAGGUAUAUGAUGACCAACACAUAUUGGAAACAUUAGCAAAGAUGGAAAGACGAAGGGAGCGCUUCAAGGAUCCCGUCGCAUCAACGGAGCCAGAUAAGAGUCUGAAGCCCCAAGCUGAUUUGGUGCCCUAUACAGUUGAAACUAAACAUGUCAGGCCUGCCCGAAAGAGGCAGUGGAAGUUGGAUUUAUGCCAUUACAGUUAGAUUUAUGUUAUUAUAGUCACAUCUUGUAUGAUCAUUGUAUUGAUUGAGACAGUCUUGAGGAUGGAACAUCUAGACGGAUCAGAAGAAUCAAACCAGAUGUCAUGGCCGAUACAACUUAAUAACUGACAUAUCAGUUGCAGGUCAGGUUGAAUUUUUUCAUUCCAAAGGAAUUGCAGGCAAAGCUGAUCUUUAUGUUAUUUUCUUGUUGAUGUAAUAAAAAUUGAAUGCUUUGAGAGUGUAAAAACACUUUUAUGUUGCUCUUGAUAUUCUUUGAUUUGGCUUUUGGUGAAUAGUUAUGAGAGAUCAAUGCAUAAUCUUCAUUGCUUGGUUUUA